GAGCUCCGCCAAACCGGCGCACACGCGCGCUCCCCGCGGAACCCCGCCGGCCGCGCUGCGCUGUCCCGGAGGCGCGCCCGAGCCGCCCGGCCGCCAACAUGGCCGAGACGAGCGAGGAGGUGGCGGUGCUGGUGCAGCGGGUGGUGAAGGACAUCACCAACGCCUUCCGGAGGAACCCGCACAUAGAUGAAAUUGGCCUGAUCCCAUGUCCUGAAGCUAGGUAUAACCGGAGCCCCAUAGUCCUGGUUGAAAACAAACUUGGUGUGGAGAGCUGGUGUGUCAAGUUCCUUUUACCGUAUGUCCACAACAAGCUCAUUUUGUACAGAACAAGAAAGCAAUGGCUGAACAAAGAUGAACUGAUAGAUGUCACACGCACCCUGCUGCUUCUAAACCCAGACUUCACCACGGCAUGGAACGUGAGAAAAGAGCUGAUCCUCUCUGGCACUUUAAAUCCAAUUAAGGAUUUACAUCUGGGAAAACUGGCCUUAACUAAGUUUCCAAAGAGUCCAGAAACAUGGAUUCACAGACGAUGGGUGCUACAGCAGCUACUUCAGGAAACCUCCUUGCCUUCCUUUGUGACCAAAGGAAACUUGGGAACAAUUCCUGCAGAAAGGACCCAGCGACUAAUACGAGAAGAGAUGGAGGUCUGUGGUGAAGCGGCAGGGAGAUACCCAAGCAACUAUAAUGCCUGGUCCCAUCGCAUCUGGGUUUUACAACACCUGGCCAAGCUAGAUGUCAAGAUUCUUCUUGAUGAACUAUCUUCUACUAAACACUGGGCAUCCAUGCACGUUUCAGACCACAGUGGAUUUCACUACCGCCAGUUUUUGCUGAAGUCUUUGACUAGCCAAACUGUGAAAGACAGUUCUGUGUUGGAGCAAAAUCCUUUGAGAAGUGAGUCAGCCCUACUUCUUCCACAAGACGAAGCAGCAGCAGCUUCCACAGAGGAACCAAGGAUAAAUAUUCCCCAUCUUCUAGAGGAAGAAGUUGAAUUCACCACUGAUCUUAUUGAUUCCUACCCAGGACAUGAAACCCUUUGGUGUCAUAGGCGGCAUGUUUUCUACCUUCAGCAUCACUUAAGUGGUAGUUUUCCUCACAGUGUGACCCAGUUGUCAACUGCAGAUAGCCCUGUAGGGACUUCAAGUGACUUGCACCACAUCCCAACAGGCCCUCGCACGGCUCAGGCAAUGGAAGUGGAUGGAUUGAGUGACUCAAGCAAGCAAGGCUAUUCCCAGGAAACAAAACGCCUGAAGCGGACCCCAGCUCCCAAUUCCGCAGGCCUGGAAAUGGAACACAGGUUCAUCGAUCAAGUAUUGUCCACUUGCCGGAAUGUAGAGCAGGCCAGGUUUGCCAAUGCAUAUAGGAAAUGGCUGGGUACGUUGAGUCAAUGAAAAAGGUGGACUAUUCCUGCAAGGUUCCCCUUUUAGUGCAAUAUUGCUUUCCUUUCUUAUUUACAUAGCUGCAUGAACUGUCUGCUAUUAUUAGCUAACCAUAUAUUCUUCAUCUUUAGGUUAAAAGUCCAAAAAAGACCUUUCAUUUUAUUUAUUUUGUUAAGAACUGGCAUUCCUUUGGGGACAAUAUAAUUGUGUACUUCUUUCCUGCUAAACAGUGAGUCUUAAUUUUCUUCUUUGAAACUUCUCAUCCUUUCUGUUUCUGUACUUGUUUAUUUCUAAAAGAAGCCUGUUUCUAGGCUUCUCAUUUGGUCCUCCUAGCUGGUUCAACACCUCCACCCACCUCGGUGCAAUUGCGGGAUAGACUAAUUUUUUUUAAAUUAAAAAUGUAUGUUGUAGUUAAGCUUAAAAACAAUACAAAUGCAAAAUUACUCAAUCUAAUUGUUGUUUUGAGAAUCAAAUGGCCAGAUGGAUGGUUAUGUGAAAAUACAAACCAUUUCUUUCUCUAACAUGUUCUACAAGUUAUAGACCAAGAUAACCAAAGUCAGAGUGUUGGAACUUAUAUGAAAAACAUGCUUCCAAUGUAAUCCAUUUUUAAAAUGGUUAUUUUAAAAAAUAAUAAUAAUUUUAAGAGUUUAUGUAAUUGCAGUACUGGAAAAUUAUUUUUAUUACUAGUUUUGAUAGAUUGUUUUUAACCUCAAAUUUGGUAUAAACCAAAAACAUUUAGAUCAAUGCUUAUAAAAAUCAAUUUUUUAAAAAAUACCUGGAAUGCCAUUUUUAGUUAUUACUGCUUAUUUUCCUUCCAAUUCACCAUAAAAAAAAUGGGAGAAAUAUGCAUAGAAAUGUAUCCAUAAAAAUCUUCCUUUUUAAAAGUUUAAGUUAUUGAGGAUACACUGGAUAAACUACAAAAUUUUUAUGAAAUGACUAUUAAAAGUUUACUGGCAAAAGCCAGGGAGACAGACUGAUUUUGAAGGUUAAUUCUUUAAUCUUUAUUUUAAAAAAUAAAAUAAUUAAAAAACUUUGAUACUAAACUUAUCAGGGAUGAGGUACCAAAGUAUCCACCUUAUAGCUAUAUUUUAUCUUUUCAAUAACAAGGGCUGUUUUUUUCAGGUUGGUUGGGCCGAGGGGGAAGUUUGGGGAGUACCAGGUAAUGUCUAUUUUCCAUUAUUAUAUUUUUUAUUAUUAUAUUAUUAUAUUUCCCAUUCAUAAGUGGUCUGUGUUCCUUAUUUCCACAUACCUUUCUCUUCGUUGUCCUAAUUUGUUCCUUAUUUUUUGUCACUUUCACCUUUGUCUGUUUUUCCUUAUCUGUGUUAUUUCAGUGACAUAUUCUGAAGAUAUUCUUCCCUAUUUCCAAUGAAUUCCAUACUCCAUUAAACACAUGCACACAUGAAAUAUGAAUAUGAACUGCUCCUCUAAAAGUUCCUCUAGUGAUGGAGGUUGUCUUGCCCUGUGUAUGUAAAGAAUGUGAGUCAUAGUGGCAGAAACAAUUGUGGCCACCAUGCUUUGUCUGUUAUCCUUUUUUACUUGCUAGGUCACCCAUGGUGCAAAGAGACGAUGUAGGGAAAGGAAGACCUCCUAUCUCACUGUUAUGGAAACUCUGGAAUUCAAUGAGACAUAUUACUGUAAGGGAAAAGAAUAAGUCCUGUACUUGUGCAUCAUGAUUUUGUUGAGUGGCAAAAUGUUGAGACUUAAGAACACUAGAAAAAUUGUCCAGCCUGGUUGCUGUAGACAGAAGGUGCUCUUACCUCUUAGGGCAAAAUUAUCCUUUUGUAGCUUUUACAGUAUUUUAGUGAAAAAAUAAUUGUCAUUAUGAACAUAAUUCCAUGGCCCUUUGUGUACAAGGCAUAUUUUGAAUCAAAUACCUCAAGGAUAAAACCAUUAACUUGUGAUCUUCAGCAUCUACAGGGAUUGAGGGGGAAAUUACACAGAGAUGACAUGGGAGAUUCAGCCCAUUCCACUGAUACAUGUUGCCAAAUUCUGGCUUCACUCAGUAUUAUCUUUUUUCUAAGCAUCAUUUUAAGUAUCCCAACUAUUAGGGCUUCUUAAUGCUUUGAUGUUAGAGUAUUCAGGACGUGAAUAUAGACAAAAACCCUGUGAAACAUCAGCUAAAUUUUAUAGUGCUCCACAUUUAAAAAAUAUAUAUUUUUAUUGAUUUCAGAGAGGAAAGGGAGAGGAAGAGAGAGAUAGAAACAUCAAUGAUGAGAGAGAAUCAUUGGCUGCCUCCUGCAUACCCCCUACUGAUAAUCUAGCAAUGCAACCUGGGCAUGUGCCCUGACCGGCAACUGAACCAUGACCUCCUGGUUCUAAGGUUGACAUUCAACCACUGAGCCACACUGGCUGGGCCACAUUUUUUAUACCUUUCACAGAGUAUCUUGCUCAUCUUGUUAACUGUCUUCAUCUAAGUCUCUUAACCCACCCCUUUCUGAAGCCAUGCAGUCCUUUAAUAUCUUGGUCUCUCGUCUUCCUAAUAAAGUUUUAAGUAGGAGUGAAAAUACAAACAUUCAGAGGGUACUGUUUGUAUGACUUUUGUGUGCUGUUUCUAAAAAUUUUAUUUUUAAGUGUUCAUUCACAGAAAAACCUGGUAUUGUCCUAUAUGGUUGUAUUUUUUUUCCUAAAUGGUCGACACCUAAACUCACUAGCUGUAGCAUAAUAUCUUUUUGACUGAAUGAGCUCAUUCAGUGGAAAGGAUGUGUCUAUUUUUUGGGAUUUGUUAUUCUUCACUUUGUAUAAAUAUGUCAUUGUUAAAAGAUGGUUUAGGUUGACAUACACUUCAUCAAACUUUUACUGGAAGAAUAGUAGGCCGUAGUACAUCCUGUGGAUCAUGUAUACUACUGACAUGCAAAAAGCAAUAAGAUUGUCAAGAUCUUCAUCACCACCACUAACCCACCUUUUUUUUAAUAUACCUAUUUUGAUAAUAUGGUGUUUUCAAAUUCUACUUGCACAUUGUGAAGGUUUGAUAAAUAUGUAUUCAAUUAAUGAGUGAUUAACUGUUUGAAGAGGGGAAAGAUUGAUCAUGAGUGAUAGGGUGAGUUAUGAUUGAGAAAUUAAUGAAUUAAAGCAAUGGGCUGUGAAUGGAUGAUAUAUUCUAGCUUCAUGAUUGUUCAGUGGAGCUAUUGCAUGUUGAAUAAGUUAAUUUUAUACAGCUGCUUUGUUUAUACAUCCAAGAAGUAUAGUUCUGUAAUUACCAAUUAAUUGUAGUUUAAUACAUAUUAAAAAAUCAUAGGACUAAUGAAGCCUGCUUGCAUUAAGAACACUAUUUUCUGUUAUGAUGUUGCAGAAAAAUCUUACCAGUACAGCCAGAGCCACUGAGGGGCAUCUGAAGAAAUUCUCUAAUUUUAAAGACUUGUUGAUCUGUACCAGUGAAUGGAUAGUCAUUUUGUACUUCUCCUUUCCCCCUCCCAAACUUGAACUGUGGACCUUUUAGAUAUUUCUUAAACCUCUGUAAGUCAUUUUUUAAAUUUAAGGAUUUGAUACUUCGUAUUCCCUUUUUCUUUUCUAGGUUUUAGCAUUUUAUUACCUUUUUGGAAACUAUGGACACAGACUUUCAGUCAUAUUUCUUAUUCUUAUGGUACGGUUCUAAUUUUAAGUUAAAGGCUUCAUGAUUAAUAGGACUAAAUGUAUACAGAAUGUCACUAAAAGCCACUUAAAUUUUCAGAUAAGGGCUUAUGUAACAAGAUGUGGAAACACAAGUUCUUGGAUUUGUAUGUGGCAUUUUGUAAGAAAGCAUAUAUGGGGGUAGACCUGUGUCAUUUAGUAGAUAUAUUCAGGUCAUAUCAGCUCAUGCUUGUUGAGACACACACACUGAGUGUGUGUGUGUGUGUGUGUGUGUGUGUGUGUGUGUGUGUGUGUGUGUAAAGAGAACUUUAAAUAUUGUUGAGAACAAGUUAUCAGUCUAGUAAUUUUAUAUAACACAGAUGGUAUCUGACACAGGCGCUAAGUACAAUUUGGGAAUGCAACUACCACUUGUACAAUAAUCUGUCUCAACUUCAGUUCCCUGAAUUACAAAAGAUGCUAAAGAUUCAGUUAACAAAGGAAAUAACAUAUAAUCUUUUUUUCCUAUAAAGCUUUUGUAAGCUUACAGUUAUUUUGUUACUAGAAAAUUGAAUUUUAAAACUUAAGUAUUUAAAUUAUGCUAGAAAAUUUGAACAGCAUUGUAACAACUGACCAUUUUGUCUUCUGAAUAAAUUUCUCAAAUAGAACCAUUGCAAAUGCUGUCACUUUACAGACGUGCCGCUGCUUCCCGUGCUUGGGUGAACUCUGUCCCGGGCUCCUGUUUAAUGAAGUGCAUUGAGGCCCAGGGAUCUUAGGCAAAUUCAGUGUGAUGAAGGCAGUAAGCAGGAAAAAUCAGCCCUGAGAAUUCUACUUAAUGUCACACAGUGUCUUUUAAAAAAUAACUAUACAUACUGUGUUAAUCUGAGUGCCUUUCUUACUUUUGUGGGGAGCAAGAUUAUAUUUAAGUCUAAUGUUUAGGUAGAAAACAGAGAACAGAAGUUUUAUCAAACUGUUGAUUGUGACUCAUUCCAAUUGCUAGGCAUGGUUCCCAUGGAGUAUUUUAUCUAAUGAGAUACUGAUAUGAGCAGAUGUUAUGAUUUCGUUUGCAUUUCAUUAGUUACCAUGUUUAAGCACCCUACCAAGAAGAAUCAUUCUUCUGGGGGGGUUGAAGGCAUCACAUUUAAAGUAUGGUAUGUGCAUAAUGAAACAUCAGCCUGGAACCCACACAGCCUGUGUUCAAAGGGAAACUGGCUCCCUCCGCUGAAAGAAAUGCAGUAUGAUUGUCCUAAAUGAAUCUUUGGUCUCACUUUAAGAACUUUUAAGAAUUACCCCCCAUGCCGAAACCGGUUUGGCUCAGUGGAUAGAGCGUCGGCCUGCAGACUGAAGGGUCCCAGGUUCGAUUCUGGUCAAGGGCGUGUGCCUGGGUUGCGGGCAUAUCCCCAGUGGGAGAUGUGCAGGAGGCGGCUGAUCGAUGUUUCUCUCUCAUCGAUGUUUCUGACUCUCUAUCUCUUUCCCUUCCUCUCUGUAAAAAAUCAAUAAAAUAUAUUAAAAAAAAAAAAAAAAGAAUUACCCCCCAAAUCCAGGCCUAUGUUAAGAUAGUUGAAAGGAAAAUAAAUGGGAACUUUAUCCUUUCAGAUAUCAGAGGAAAAGAAGCAAAUACUGAGAUGAAAUUUCAAUUGUGGCAUUUUAUGUACUUUGGGUAUGGAAAGGGGAGGGAUGGGAAUUCCGUAUUUCAAAAUAGCAAAUAAUUUUUAAUUGUAGUUUUAUAAAAAUAGAUAGCUAAGGAUUCCAAAGUGCUUUUCAGAGGACUGUUGAAUAACAUAUUCCAGUAGUAUCUGUCAUGUUCAUAGUUGAGACAGAAAACCAUUGUGUCUGUUGGGAUCUGUGGUCAGGGAAGCCUUUGGCUCCCAACUUUCCAGGCCAUGUUAACACUGUAAAACCAAACUCUUUGCUAGGAAAAAAAAAAGAGAGAGAGAGAGAGAGAGAGAAAGCAGCAGCUUCGUCUGCUCAUGAAACCUUGUGCUUCCAAGAAUAUUCGAUAUAUAUAUAUAUAUAUAUAUAUAUAUAUAUAUAUAUAUAUAUAUAUAUAUAUAUAUAGUUUGUGCUUUGGGGCAAUAAUAUGGUCCACAAAACUAACCCUGGCAUUUUUUUUAAUUAGUCUAUUAUUAUUCCUCAGGGUGUAGAAGAUUUAGUAAAUUUAGGACAAAAUUUUAUAUUCAGUGGCAAAAAAGAAAAGGCAAAAAUAUACUAGAUAUAUUACUACUUCUUGAAAUUUUAGUGUACAUAGUAUUUUUUAUGAACCACUACCAGUGCAGUAGCACAUAGAUGCUUCGUGACUGCCUCAUUGUUCAUCAUGCUGCUUCAGUCCCUAUGGCUCUAUUAUGAAUGUUCUCACGUGUCUUCUCUGGAAACAAUUAUUUUUCAUGUUUGACAGAGGUAGGGGUGUUUCAGUGGACCUUUUCAGUUUUUGAAAAUCCUAUUGAAGGAAACGAUUACUGUUUUCAAACUAACUGACAACUAUUUUGCUUCUUAAAACUUCAGGUUCCCUAAAAGAGUGUUUUUGUGCUGACCCUGUACAUGUUCAGUACAUUGCAUAGUACUCUGUACCUUGUAGGAAUACAACAGGUCAGAAUUGUUAAAGGCCAGAAAAUUGAAACUAGCUUAUCUCUGUCUUCUCACCAUUGUCCAUAUUUUUAGUUUUAGGAGAAAUAAAGUGCAUAAGAUACAUAAUCAGGUUCAAACAUGCAAGGCAAAGAUUGCAAAUGAAACUUAGGUACUUUGAAAGCAUAUGUGUAUGUGUGUAUACAUAUAUAUGUAUGUACAUUUAAAUGAGAUUUGGAACUUGAAUUUAUAUCGUGGUUUUACAAAGAAUUUUAUCUAAGGAUUUUUGUUUUCAUAUUUGCUUACAGUGCUCCUGUUUAAAGACUUUUUUUUUAUUAGACCAACCCUCUCAAGCAAAGUUGGGACCCUCACACAAGUACCCAUUUGCCAGAAUUAAUCAGAUAUUAGUGUACAUGCUAUUAAGUCUUUGGUUGCUCACAAACCAUGAUUUUCUGGCUUUUCUUCCAUAUCAUUAGGGAAUCAGCCUUAAUUUUAUGUAUAGCAGUCAUUUUCCUCAAAGUACUAUGCACCAUACUUCAGAUGGCUGUUUUUGUCUUUAUAAAGUAAUCAAUAAUAAAUUUGAGGUUUCUUAAUGUCAUAGGGAUGAACAAUUUUUCACGUCCAGAUGUUGACUCAUACAGCAUUCUAUAAAAAGUGCUCAUACAUUAUCCUCCCUCACAAAUGUCAUCUGGCAUUUGGAGCAGGUCUUUUUUUCUUAUUGGUUAAAGAAUGAGAGUAAACAGUGCAGUCAUCAUAGGUGCUCGAUAAAUAGUCAUUUAUUGAUCUAUCAAAAGAACAGCUUUCAGAAAGGAGACUGUUGUCAUCUUUCACUGAGUAUAUUUGUAGAGUAAUAUAUGUUUGAAACUGAAAAAUUACAUCAUUGGACAUGAAUUUUCAGGCUUAUUUAAGUUGGCGUUAGUAACGUAAUGAAACUAUUGUUCAUGUACAUUGGUCUGAAGUUAGGGGAUGUGAAAAGUUUAAGUAGUUGUUUGUGCAAAGCACAAGAAUAAAUGCAGUUGUCUUCGUGGGCUGCUGAACUCUAGAGAGAACUGCUGUAGUCUUCUGCAGGCAGCGUCUAUGUUGGUAUAUCCAGUAUUACCAGGUUUAGAUUCUGCUUAUUUCUCCCUAAAUCUUGGUUGCUUUCCAAUAUCUUAAAAGUGGUAAUGGUAAGAUAUUAAAUAAUUGCUUGCUGCUUUUCUCAGAACAUCUUUAAAAUAAGGGAGACAUUUUUAUGAAUGAUAGAGUAGCUUCAGAAUCUGCUCAUUGUGGCUUUCAGAGCAUUUUUGGAAUGCUCUGUAAUUCCAGUGGAAAUUAGAAACAGAUUUAAACAAACAUUCCAGCCUGAGCUGUGAGGAGCAGAGUGUGUAGCAUAGUUGUAAUUGGGUAUCGGCUCCCGAAGAGGUUCCUGCUGCAUGACUGUGAGGCUGGCUUCUGACUGGGGUGAGCACAGGCAGUGUUGUGUUUUGGUGUGUGUUGUUCCUAGGGGAGUAAUGGAAUGUGCACUAGAUUAACUUGUUUUUAAGUUGGACAGAAUAAAAGUUGAGGUAUUAUAAGUAUGCCAAAUAUUUAUAUAUUCAAUUAUAAAAACUAAAAAAUGAAAGAAGAAAAUGAUGAAAGGUCAAUGAUUUUUUUUUGUUAGCUUCUAAAUUUUUUUAAAUGCAAGUCUCUCGAACACUAGGCAGUUGCUUAAACACUGAGAGACUUUAAGGGGAUAGUUCUCAGAUACUAUAUUCUGCUAUUAGCAUUCACCAUGCAUAUUAAUUUUACAUUGCUUGAAUAUUUUUUCCAAAAAUGGAGUAUAAGGUGCAGUCAAUAUUGUGUUAAGAUUCUGUUACAGGUUAUGGUUAAAUAGACAAGUUACAUAUAGGAUCUGUGGUGCAAGGUCAGAUCCUGGGCAUUAAAUAAAUGUUUGGCUAAUUUUCCCGAAGAUACUAAUUGUCUUCAUUCUGAUUGCACUUAUGUUUAAGAAAAUCUGCCCUUCUCCACCCUCUAAAAAAGUCAUGGAAUUUCCUUCAGUUCUCACCAUAUAAUAAUUGACACUUUUAAGGUUGUUUUAUGAAUUAUUCUUACACUUGAACUGUAUACCUUGCAGAAGGAUAAAAAUAAAUUCUGCAGUAAUGUGUGUGCAGAGGGUGCUUAUGUGUUCUGGGAGUCGGUACUCCACAGUGUUUAAAGUAUGCUAAGUUCUAAGGCUAAUGUCAUAAUUAGAUAUUGCCUACAUCAGCUCUGUCCAAUAGAAAUAAACGUGAGCCACAUAUGUAAUUUUUAAUUUUUUAAAAGGUGAAAUUAAUAUUUUUAUUUAGUCCAAUAUAUUAAGCACGUUAUCAUGUAAGUAUGUAAUCAAUAUACAAAAUUACUGAGAUAUUUUACCUUUUUUUUUUUUGAAUUCAGCAUUUGUACUCAUAGUGCAUCUCAGUUCUGACUAGCUACAUUUCAAGUGCUCCAAUAGCCGCAUGUGGCUAAGGGCUACUAUAUUGGACAGGGCAGACUCAUAGGGUACAAAGUAUGACUUUAUUUUAAAUGGGGAGAUGGUAAGGUAGGCAUGAAAUUUUGGUACUUUAUUUAGUAUAUUUAGAAAAGUAUCUAAUACAAUUAUCCACUCAUUUUCCUUCAUCAUUUUAUAUUUGUUCUAGAAGUAGACUUGCCCUGUUUCAGUUUGCCAAGCAUUACAUAAGGAGGAAGAAAUUCCAUGCCAUGUAAAAUACCAUGAUAUGCUACUUAUAACAACACGUUAUCAAUAACACAUUUUUCAAUGUGUUCACUAAAUUCUGUCCUGUUUCUUCAAAAUAUUGGCUUAAAUUGCAUGUUAAUUGUAUAUCUGUACCUAUUUUAUUUUUAUAUUAUUCUUACAAUACAAUAAUGUGUAUUAACAAACAGCCCUAGGAUUCUGAUCUUCCUAUGCAGCUGUCUUCUAGUACUUACUAGUAUACUUAUUAAGUUGUGAUAAAUGGCAGAAAAGUAGAAUGAACCUUUUUUUUCUAUUAGAUUUGUUUUUAUCAUGUGAUCACCAUGUACCAAGCUAUACAUUACUGUAUUUCUGUAGAAUAUGGAAAAUAGUGUUUAUGUCUUAUCUUUGCUAAAUGUUUGCAGUUUCUAAGUAAACUUCUCAUCUCCUGAAA